AUGCCGCAAAAGAAGAAGACCGCGCGCGGCGCGCACCUGGCCGCGCUGAACAAGCAGCACCCCAAGCGCGAGGAGAGCGCCGGCGACGCCAACGACCUCGAGUACGUCGAGCCGGACGACUCGUCGAGCUCGGGCGAGUCCGCCGACGGCGACACGCUGGUGCAGUCAAUCCUCCCCUUCUCUGGUGCGAGCAGCGCACGAAAGAAGGGGAAGAAGAACAAGCGGCUUCGGACGGCGGACGGCCGAGCGCUCUGCCAACGCGUGGUCGGCAGGAGUCGGUGGGACAGGCCCGCGGCGAGCGCUUCGCCUGCGGCGCGCGUCUCUGGCCACCAGGGAGGAGUUGUUUGGUAUUGCUAA